AUGUCGCCCGGGGGGAGCAGGAGCCGGCGGUCGUCGGUGCGCGCGUCGCAGCCCAUGCCCAUGAUCGACGAGGACUCGACCACCAUAACGCCGGCGCCGGCGGUGCCCCCCCGGUCCCCGCGGCGGCCGCCGGCCAGCAUUGCUACUGCCGGGUUGCUGCCGCUGGGCGGGGCGGCGGCAGUGGCAGCAGAGGCUGAGGCACGACACCGCCAGCACGGGUUCCGCGACUUCGACCUGAUCGCCAAGCGCGGCGGGUGGUACCGCCUGGGGCUCGCGGCCGUCGUGCUCGUGGGCUUGACCGUCGGGCUGGCGGUGGGACUGACGCUUGGGCUGCGGAAACGAAACAGCAAUGUCGCAGCCCUGCCAGCACUGCUCCCAGACAUCUUCCCGGCCGGCGCGUACUCGUUCACGACGGCCUACGUGAGCAAGAGCACGGCCUGCACCGGCGCCGGCACCGGCAACAGUUCUUCGUCGUCUUCUUUGCCGUUGGCCUGGUCAUGCUACCCGGACGUGCUGUACGACGCGCGGUCGCCGAACCGGUCGGCGGCGCGCUUCGACUGGAUCAUCGCGGCGGCGCCGCUGCCGCACGGCGGCUACACGCUGUCGUCGUCGGCAAACCCGUUCGCGCCGGGCGUCGCCAACGCGUCGCUCACGCUGCUCGACGGCAACCAGUACACGGAGCGGUUCGUGUUCAGCGUGGCCACGGGGGCCAAGGCUGGAACUGCAGCCACUGCUACUGUGGUAGGCGGAGGCGAAAGUGGCGUCGAGUGCUGGUUCAACGACACUGUGCUGAGCGCGACCAUCUGGACGCGCGUGCGCGCGUCGUAUCCGCCCGGCAUCGACGCGGUGCCCGACUGGGUCAACGCCACGUACCGCUACGCGCCGUGGCCGUACGCCGUCGAGGUGACGCAGACGGCGCGCGGGCCGCCCGACUGCCGCCGCGCCGACGGAUCGCCCGUCAGUGCUGUUCUGUCGGACAACGAUGACGACGAUCCCGGGAGCGGGACGACGACGAGCCAGGACAGCGCGGCCUGCGCCUGCGUAUACACCAACCACGACCUGCCAAGCAAUGCGUCGGCUUCGUCGACUUUUACCGCGGGCAGGAUGCUGCGCCGGCUGCGGUUAUUAUGA